AUGUGCACCUCACUGCCAACCACCCCAAACCCUCCCACCAUCACCUCCCCGCACCCCACCCUCACCCCACAAACCAUCCCACCACCAGCCAACCACCCUAAACCCUACCACCAUCACCUCCCCGCACCCCACCCUCACCCCACAAACCAUCCCACCACCAGCCAACCACCCCAAACCCUCCCACCAUCACCUCCCCGCACCCCACCCUCACCCCACAAACCAUCCCACCACCAGCCAACCACCCUAAACCCUACCACCAUCACCUCCCCGCACCCCACCCUCACCCCACAAACCAUCCCACCACCAGCCAACCACCCUAAACCCUACCACCAUCACCUCCCCGCACCCCACCCUCACCCCACAAACCAUCCCACCACCAGCCAACCACCCCAAACCCUACCACCAUCACCUCCCCGCACCCCACCCUCACCCCACAAACCAUCCCACCACCAGCCAACCACCCCAAACCCUACCACCAUCACCUCCCCGCACCCCACCCUCACCCCACAAACCAUCCCACCACCAGCCAACCACCCUAAACCCUACCACCAUCACCUCCCCGCACCCCACCCUCACCCCACAAACCAUCCCACCAUCACCUCCCCGCACCCCACCCUCACCCCACAAACCAUCCCACCACCAGCCAACCACCCUAAACCCUACCACCAUCACCUCCCCGCACCCCACCCUCACCCCACAAACCAUCCCACCACCAGCCAACCACCCCAAACCCUCCCACCAUCACCUCCACGCACCCCACCCUCACCCCACAAACCAUCCCACCACCAGCCAACCACCCUAAACCCUACCACCAUCACCUCCCCGCACCCCACCCUCACCCCACAAACCAUCCCACCACCAGCCAACCACCCCAAACCCUACCACCAUCACCUCCCCGCACCCCACCCUCACCCCACAAACCAUCCCACCACCAGCUAA